AUGGCUCUGUUUCAAUUGCGCGAGAUUCUCUGUUCGCCAAGCAUUCUUGCCCUGUGCUUCUCUAUUCAUGUCAUUGGUGGUGUGUUCUACAGGCUCAUCUUGCACCCGCUUAGAAAGAUUCCUGGCCCGUGGUACGCUGCAGCAACAUACUGGUACGAAUUCUACCAAGAUGUGAUUCUCAACGGCAACUACGUGAAGGAGUACCCUGAUCUUCACGCCAAGUACGGCCCAGUCGUCCGGGUGUCUCCUAGUCGUGUGCAUGUCAGUGAUCCAGAUUACUUCAGGGAGCCUUACGGAAGUGGCACGAAAUACACCAAGGAUCCCGACUUCUUCCAGAGCGCGGGUGGCAUUAAGUACUCCAUCAUCAUGUUGAUUGAUCCCGAGGUUCACAAAGAACGAAAGAAUACGGUUCAAUCCCUCUUCUCGACCAAGCAUGUGGACCACCUGGCGCCUGUCGCUUUAGAUAUUGUGCAGAGAGCCAUGGCAAAAGCACAGCGCGCCUUCGAGAACGACCAGUCGAUCAACUUACAACCAUUUUACCAAUGCAUUACUGUUGACACCAUCAUGCCUGUUCUAUUCGACAGACAAUUGAACUUUGUUGAUUCUGACGAAGACGAGCCACCGUUUUUGAGCAUGCUAGCCAAGUUCGUCGACCAAUUCUUUCUAACCAAGCACUUUCCCAUGAUCAGCCACAUCGCUAUGAGUCUACCCCUCAGUGUAGCAAGGAUAAUUUUGCCGGAUUACGUCGUUUUUCGAGAGCAAUGCACCACGUGGAUCAAAGAAGACGAGGAGAAACAGCGAAGCGGCAAAACGACUACGGAUGACGGCCGUAACACCUAUUUCGGUCUUCUCCUAGAGGCAGAAAAGACCAAAGUGUCUCACAAGCUCAGCCAAGACGCACUCGUCGACGAAGCACUGUCUGUGUGUUUUGCCGGCACUGAUACGAACAGCAUUGCUCUUAGCUUUGGCACAUACUUCUUGCUGAGGAACCCGGAUAAGCUUGAGAAGAUGCUGGAAGAGUUGAAAGACGCUCCUACGAAUACUGAUGGUCUCUAUGAGUACCAAACUGUUUCGAAACUGCCAUACCUUACCGCAGUCAUCAAGGAGAUACUUCGUCUCGGAUCUCCAGUACCUGGCAUCAUUCCGCGCAGAGUCCCUGCUGGCGGCGCUGCCGUCGGAGGACAUUUUCUUCCAGAAGGCACUACCGUUUCGCAGGCCCUUCGUAUGAUCCAUGACAACCCAGACGUGUACCCGGAGCCCGAGAACUUCGUCCCUGAGAGAUGGCUUGGUAAAGCCGGCUGGGAACUGGAGAAAUACUAUGUGCCAUUCAGCAAAGGCCCACGAGCUUGCAUAGGCUUGAAUAUCGCAUAUCUCGAACUUUACCUCUGUUUUGCAAACCUCUUCAGCCGCUUCGAGAUGGAAUUAUACGAGACGAAUGAGAGCACCUUCAAGUGGGUAGACAAUGGCGUUUCAAGGCUUUUGAAUCCAAUUAGAGUCAAGAUCAAGUCAAUUAGGGGGGUCGGUGAGUGA